UAUAAAAACGACCAGAUUUCAGACCAAAAGCAUCAGUUACCAUUACCCAAAUCUUCAAUCAACUACUUCCCGUUGUUCAAUCACCAAAACCUCACUCAAAAUGUUCAAGAUUGUCUGCCUGUUUGCCCUGAUCGCCGUUGCGUCGGUUGCGGCCGAGCCCAAGCCGGAGGCCAAGCCCGGUGUGUUGGCCUACAGUGCCCCGCUGGUGGCCGCCGCUCCAGCUGCCUAUGCCUACACCGCAGGAGGAGCCGUGUACGAGCGCACCUACCACGGAAACAUCGCUCCGGUGGCCCCGCUGGCCGCGUACGCCUCCGCCCCGUACGUUGCUGCUGCUCCGUUGGCCUACUCGGCACCGUACGUGGCCGCCGCCCCGGUGCUGUACAAGUGAACGGUUCCAGGAGUGAUUGAGUAACAGAUUCCCAGCGCUAGUCGUGUUUCGUAUUUUUCUCGGAACAUUUGAAUAUUUAUGACAACUAUUGAAAAAAUAUAAAGCAAGAUUAUUUAAAAAUCAA